UCGCUUUCAAUUUCAGACUGUCAAACAAUUGCAUGCUGCCGAGUUUUAUUUACAUUCAGUUCAAAUUCUACAUUCUCGAUACAUAACUAUAUUCGAUGGAAAGUGGAUGUGUUUCUGAAUUAAAUGUUGUGCUUUCUUCCCAAAAAAAGGAUUUUUGCAAGAUGUUAUGAUGAGUGCUCUUCCAUCUGUUAAUUUAUGUUUUACGACAAUCUAGUGUGAAUUUUUUCUGCAGAAUUAGAUGGAUGCAUGGUUAUCAGUUCAUAUCUAGUGAAAAUAAAAAUUGAAGCUUGUGUCACGGAAUGAAAUAAUUAAUCGACUGUACAAUUGAUCGAUUUAUUGUAUGCAAGUGCUGUGUAGAAUCAUUCUAAAUUAAAAGGUGGAACAAUUAUAGACGGAAUUAUCCUUUUUCAGUUUGUAAAAGCUCGAUAAUGAUUCUUGUUUACAAUCAAGACAAUCAGUAUUUUACAUAAUGGAUUUUAACCCAUUCGAACAAUGAAAACUUCAUUCUGUAGUGGUGUUGAAUGUCCAAAAUUAAUCAGUUAUUCGGAAGGGUAGUUGGCGUGGAAAACUUUGUCGUUAAAAGAACGCAAUGAUCAAAACAUAGUGCGAGUACAUCCGAAAAUGUCCGAAGACUUCUCUAAUAAUCAUAGUGCGAAAUAUUCUGAUAUUGUGAAUACUGCAAAUUUUUACCAACAUAUAAACAAUAUUUCCGAAAAUAGCGAAGAACUUGGCCAUCCAUACGACCACAUCUACGCAUCAAACAACGACAACUCGAUACUCAACUCGGAUAUCGAGACGCAUAAACAGAAACCGAACUGUCAAACUGCCGAUAGUGAGGUUAGGUUUUUAAAACAGUGGUUGCUUCUACAUUUAGACUUAAUUCAGCAACAAAAUGAGGAAAUUUUAAGUAAAGAAAAAACUAUACUCAUACUACAACAAGAGAAUGAGAUGCUUAAAGAACGGUUAAAUUGUAUGGAAGAGACUGUUUCAUUGGUGGGUAACAAUCAGUCAGUAAACCAUACUGAAGAAAUAAAAUUUAAAGUAGAAAAACUUGCUGAGGAUAUGACCCAGGGCUUGGGUUCAUGCAAUGAUAUCAAAGAUGCAACUCAACUUGCAGUGAAUUGCAAUAAUGUGGAUAGUACUUCUAUAGAUUCUGAAGUGCAGCAAGAUUGUAAUAGCAGUGGUGAAUCUAAGAUUGAAAUCUGUGAAAAUAUUCUCCUAAAUUCUAUUGACUGUAUCAGUGGUUCAGUUGAUCCCUGUGCCGAAUUGAACUUUGAUUCGGGCAUUGAUGCCAAUGUGAGAACUGAGAGUGACACAUUGGAAAAUUUGAGUUCCUGCGUCGUCUACAACUUUUCGAGUGAACUGGACUCUAUGAGACAUUUGAAAAUGAGUAUACGAAGAAAACGGGUUUGUAGUCAUUCUUCGGCAACUUCACAGAAUGGAUACACCAUUGAAGAGAAAAAAAUUAUCAAAAGGUUCAAGAAAAGGAGAAAGAAGAGUAUUAAGGACAAUCAAAUAUUAUGCACCCCUGAUUUUUAUGUUAGUCAAAUAGGAGACCCCAUUCCUGGAAUUCCUAUAUCGUAUGAAACCGAACCAGAAACUGAAGUAACUGACAAUGCGGUUCUAGAAGUGCCCCGUUGGAGAGUGAAAGUAUACGCAAGUUGCUAUACCAUGGAAGGCACUGAAAACUUGGAUGAUGAAGUAUUUUUGCGGAGACAUAACCGAUUAGAAAUAGAUGAAAGACGUAGGAAGAGGUGGGAUGUACAGAGAAUCAGGGAGCAAAGAGUUAUCGAAAAAUUGAAAUUGAGACAUGAAAAGGCGGAGUACCAAGUAAAAGUUGAAACUUCAAAUGAACUAAGCACCCCCUUUUGGCCAACCAUGGAUGAUGUAAAGAUCAUUGAAGUUUCUGAAGAAUUGCCAGUAGCCAGUUUUGGAACGCCUCUACCUAGAUUUGGUCAGAGUGACUUCGAUAUGACUUGGUUAGAUGCUCUAGACACCAGUUCGAUUAGAGACAAAAUCCUUUUUAAAAAAGGAUUGAGAAGAAGAAAAUUAAAGAGAUAAGUGAUCUGUCGAAUGGAAAUUUCUUCAAUCACACUUUAUGUCUGGAAAAAUGUGAUCUUUGUUAAGCUUCAGAGUAAACCAGUGACACGAUUCAACAAGUUGGAUUUUAUUUACUUAGUACUCUGUCCGAAACUCUCAAGAUGUACAUUUUCUUUCCGAAUAGUUUUUUUUUAUUAGUAAUGUGAUAUACUUGUUUUGUUGACCACAUAUCAUAAUUUAUAAAUUAUACAAUUCAUCUUUGUUGGUUAUAUAUGUUGAACGGCUUCUUCAUUCAAUACAAUUGAUUUCUUCCGAUUAUUAUACUCGAGAUGUUUUGAGCCUCGAUUGGUCGUAUGGAGAAUGAUUUCAAUUUGAAUUUCUGUGAUAAAUUCAAUUAAAUAUUCGUAACCUAUGAUAUUAUGUUUGAUCUUGGAUUUAUGACUAGAGAUAUAGAUCGAUAAUUAGGUACUUACUUGAUUGUAUAUAUAUGGAAAACUGAUGUUGACAAAUCGUUUGUUCUGUUCUACAUCACUAAUGAUUUCUUUUUUUUUUUUUUCAGUGUUUACCAAAUGAAACUUGUUCCCUAGUCAUAAUCAUGUUUGUUUAGAUUCUAUAUUUUCUUAGUCAAAUAGUGAUUUUCAUUUCAUUCGUGUUUUUUUUUUUUGUAAAACAGUUACAACCCCCGAUAAUUUCAAAACGGUAGAUUUGCUUAUUUUUUUUUGUGUAAUUUAGUAUGAAUAAGAUUGUUGAAAAAUACCAAUUCAUUUUUUGUAAUAUCCGUUGACUGUAUUGUAGAAUGAUUUUUUGAAAUGUAAUGCUGAAGGCUUUCACAUCUUGACAGUUCUAAUCGGUUUUUCACCUAACAUUUCGUCUGCAACUAAGAAAAGCUUCUUCAGAGAUUUCUCCGUCUUUGAUUCUGACUCAACUAAGUUUCUUCAAAUUGGUGGUGUAUUAAAUGUAGAUAUACAGGCGCUAUGAACUAAGGGUGAUUCUUCUCUCCUGGUGAUAUUAUUGAAGGGCCAUAUGUCAAUAUGGUUUGAAAUGUCAUAUGUCAAUAUGGUUUGAAAUGUCAUAUGUCAAUAUGGCUUGAAAUGCCAUUUGUCAAUAUGGCUUUCUUUAUAAUUCUUAAGAAGUGGCUCUUGAUGUUUUCAUUGAUAGCCACAACAUUUUGGUCUCAAAGACAGGAAUUCGCUCAAAUAUCAAGAACUACUAUCUGAGGAGCAAUCUUUCAUACCGCCUAGUUAUCAGGAAUUUAUUGCACUCAUACUAAACCAGCAGAAGUAGGGGAAAUAGACUCCACUUAACGAAAAAGGUAUACAUACAGUAUUUGGAAAAAAUGACCAUGAAAUAUGGUGCUGAGUUAUUAUCAAAGACCUGGAAUUCUCUGAAGAUGCCUACCACAGUUGUAGGCGGUCAGGUGUUAAACCGAUUAUACCCUAGAUUUUUCAGACUGUGUUUUUGGAAUAUAUACGCAAACAGCACUUCCAUUUCAGAUAUUCUAAGAUGUAAAUGUUUCAUGAAAAUCCCUCUAUUAACGUGGUUGAAACGAAAAGUUUCAAAAAUAAGGUGAAUGAAAAUCAGUAUUUCUAAGAAACACCCCUCUAGCUUUGUAAAUAUAACACAGAGCUACUGUAAUUAAGAAGAAAGUGUACAGUUAUGGAAAAUUAAUGAAAGUAGGAUAAAGUUCGUAGACGGAAACUUCUCCAAUCUUUUAAUUGUAAAUAUACUAGAAUAUGGUGAAGUUGAAAUGAAAUUUUGUUGAUAUAGAUUUAAGAUUCAGAUUCCUUUGAAUUGAGGGUUCCAAAGAACUCGAUUUAUUUUUAUGAAACUGCAUUUUAAGUAUUGUAUGUACGAGACGAUGUGUAAAAAGUAAAUUUUUAUAAAAUUCA